AUGCCACAGCUUGCGCUCCAGAGCCAGAGCCAGAGCCAGAGCACCGAAGCUUCUGUUGCUACUCCUGUCAAUACCAGAUUUUUCGAUCGCGCUCGUUCACCUACUGAAAUCCCCGUCGAUGACAGUCCUACCGUCGGUCGCAUCAUCCGCACAAGUCCAUCUGUGCCCUCACUCUCACUUUCACUCGGUUCCUUGUCCUCGCCAGGUUAUAGAUCUCCUAGACCAGUAAUCUCGAGUCCACUUAAAGCCGCUGCCAACUUUCCUUACGAACAAGCGAGUCCCAGUCCGCGAAGCGACGUCUUUCCAAGCCGAUCUACACCAACACCAACCUAUCGAACCAAUACAGAGCCUGACAUCUCAUCGGGCCUUGUCAAAGAGACCUCGUUCCUUAGCGACUCCUCGGACGAAGGAUCACCUGGACCUCUCAGCCCCAGACAGGGCUACACAGGCAGUCCGAAUGGGUUGCGAACCGUCUCUGAGCCUAUAACUUCGAAGCCUGGAACAGGCUCAAACUCGCCAGUUUCUCCGGCCAUGGCUGGUCCGGUAGCUGCGGCCCAGGCCGAGUCUUCCAGAGGACUAACUCGAAAUUCCUCCAUCGACUCGGCCAUUUCAGCGAUCUCAACCAAGUCUGGUACAAACAGCAACACUGAUGGCCAGCAUGGGCCUUCAGAAAUCGCCCACCUAAUCAAGACAGCGGGCAGUCCCGAGACCCUAAUCCAAUAUUUGCUAAAGGAGAAGCAUUCUCAGUCGCAACAAAAUAGCCAGCUAUGGCGGUUGGUGGACAAGCAACGGGCCAUGAUUCUAGGCCUUAACAAGGAUCUGGAAAGAGCCCUAAAAGACAAGGAGAAAUACAGAAAGAAGCUAAAAGAGGUCAUAUCACUUCCAUCUGCUCCGUUGUCUUCAAAUGAUGACGCAAAAGAACCCACGACAGCGUCCACUCCGCCGGUACCUCGAGCUGAUUUACAACGAGCCAAGGAUCAGGCUGUGCCUCCAGAGUCGCCAAUUCUCGAAGCCGAAAGCCCAAGGAAUUCGCCGAUUGACAUCUCCAUGGCGCCUUAUCCCAUCACUCCACCAGCAGACCAGCUCAGUGCUCCACAUUCGGCUGUGGGUGACCUGUUGAACCCUGCGCAUGCCAUGCCCAAGCCGCAAGACCAUGCUCUGGAUAAGUAUGACCACGAAGCCGAGGAGCGCGCUGCGGACGACGCACGGAAAGAAAAGUCGGACAAGUUGGAAGAACCAGCCAAAGACAUCCCCUACAACGUCGCUAUCCCGCCAUCGCGUAGCCUUCCAAGCGAGCCACCCAAGAUGCCACCACCAAAGCCUCCAGUGACACAUCUCCCUACAGUUGCUGUUCUCGAGGCCACUCCUCAGCCUGAUGAAGGUCUUUCAAAGUUUCCAGUGCCUCCACCAAGGAAGCCACCACCUGCACCCUUGAAGUUGAACAAGGAACUAAGGACACAUCUCAGCCCCUCCCCUGAGGAGGAAGAAACUGAAUCCGAUUAUGACGACAUAUUGGAAGUUGAUGAGAUUGUUCUCGAUCGCCGUGGACGCCGAAGAACCCGAGAAGAGGAUGACCGCGAUCGUGAAAUCAUUGCUAUAAAGGAAGCUGCUGCGCGCAGUGCGUCCAAGAAGAGCAAAUCCAGCCAGCCUGGAUCCCCACGAGACGCAGCCCAGGUCCCUGUACAAGAGUUCGGGACAGCCUCACUGGGAGAGAUGCUUAGUGGAACAAAGACUAGGGAAAUCCCUGCGCCUUUGUUAAGCCCGGGCCUGCCCGCAAGCCCCCGUCCUACAAACCUCAGUUCGCCGCCUUUGUCCCCAAGAUCUAUGCCAUUCCCAGCAGGUCCUCUCUCUCCACGACCACCUCGCCAACCUAUCCCAUUACCACCGAAUACCCCGUUGGCAACACCCGCGACAAAUCUAGCAAGAGCGCCUGAAAACGGCGUUGCGUCUGAAGGUCCUUCGUCCCAAAGACAACAGGCUACGCAGCAGGAAGUUGCCGGCCACGCAGAUCAGCCAAUCAUCAGAAUGUCGAGCCCUGGCGAACGAACAGAAGUUUACAAGGGUCUGGUAACAGACGAGUACCCGGACCUCUUGCUGCCACCAAACGCACUGCCCUCUAUCAAAAUCAUGGUUGCGUCUUCCCGCAUGAAACCAUCUCGAGCGAGCAUGAUGUCCCUCACGCAACUCGAAGAAGAUCCCGUCUUUACUUUGGCUAUUAUCUCGCGAUCUGAUAACGGCGAGCUUUGGCGGAUCGAGAAAGACUUGGCCUCACUGACAAGACUUGAUUCAAGGCUGAAGCAGUGUGCCUCUUACACAGUCAGGGCGCCCGAGCGUUCUCUAUUCAGUGGUCAUGCGCCGGCCAAGCUCGAUGCUCGUAGGACGAUCUUGGAGCAGUUCAUGGACGACAUUCUGGACAUCCCCUUUGACACAAAGACAGCCGUCGAGCUUUGUAAAUAUUUGUCAUCUCACGUCCUCCCACCGAACCUGGACGACACGGCAUCGUUGGGCGACGCAGGAUCGGAAAUCACCGGCAACAAGAUCGGACCUGAUGGACGGCCUCGUCGCAGCGGUUACUUGACCAAGAAGGGCAAGAACUUCGGUGGCUGGAAAGCUAGAUACUUCGUCCUAAACGGGCCCUUGUUGAAGUACUUUGAGGUGCCUGGUGGUGCGCAUCUGGGAACGAUCAAGCUCCAGGGUGCACAGAUUGGCAAGCAGAAUCAGAACAACGAAAGCCAGUCGCCAGCGUACUCUGCAAAUGGUGACGACCUGGAUAACCAGUUCCGUCACGCUUUCCUGAUCUUGGAACCUAAGAAGAAGGACACGAGCAGCCAUUUCAGACACGUCCUUUGCGCAGAAAGCGACAAGGAGCGAGACCUGUGGGUCGAGGCUCUUCUGCAGUGGGUUGAUUAUCGCGAUCCUGAGGACCUUGAGCCACCAUUGUCAUCGAGAAGUGGCCAUCACCAUGAUCGCCAAACACCAGGUCAUGACCACCGUACUGAACAUCGUCUCGAGCCUCCCAAUUCUGGUAAAGUCCGAAAGGUACCCAGGAAAUCUUACCACCACCCAUCGGAUUCCGAUACUUUAGUUGGUGUUCGAUACGACUCUACUCAGUUGGGAGAUGCACCUCAGCAUACUGGUCCUGCGCGACCCAAGACCUCCGGUGGUCUGCCUGAAACCCCGCAUGCUCAUGGAUUUGACAACUUCUCUUCAUCACAGAGCAAGCUUAUUUCAGGCCCUAGGGACCCUCAGCCCAUAUCUGACUUGGGUGCUUGGGGGAACAAGCCAAACCUACCGACAGCUGAUGAGAAGAAGCAAAGAAAACGAAGUUUCUUUGGAUUUGGGCCCAAGGCUCGGUCUUCAUCUGAAGGUCAAGAUUCCUUGUUUGGCGGCAGUGAUGCAAAUGCGACACCACCUCAGAACUCUUACCAAGGCCCCGUGCGACAAGCUUUCGGUGCACCCUUGGGAGAAGCCGUUCGAUAUUGUUCCCCUACGGAUGUGAACGUGCCCCUUCCAGCUGUCGUAUACCGAUGCAUUCAGUAUCUGGACUCCAAGAACGCUAUCCUUGAAGAAGGAAUCUUCCGUUUGAGUGGUUCUAACAUUGUCAUCAAGCAGCUCAAAGAGCGAUUCAACACCGAAGGGGACAUAAAUUUGAUCACCGAUCGCCAAUAUUACGAUAUCCAUGCUGUCGCUUCAUUACUGAAACUCUAUCUGCGAGAACUGCCAACUACAAUCUUGACUAGGGAUCUGCACAUGGAGUUCUUGACGACAAUGGAAAUCACAGACCACGCGGAAAAGAUGUCUGCGUUGGGUGAGCUGGUUCAUCGACUUCCCCAGGCUAAUGCGACGCUGCUCAAAUACCUGAUUGGUUUCUUGAUCAAGAUCAUCAAUAACGCAGACAUCAAUAAGAUGACUGUCCGCAACGUUGGCAUUGUCUUUUCACCAACCCUCAACAUCCCGGCGCCCGUUUUCGCAAUGUUCCUACAAAACUACGAGGGCAUUUUUGGUAUCGAUCCCGAGGUUUAUGAGCUCCCGUCGCCCGUCUCUGAAUCAGAAAUCCACCAGCGAUUUGAGGCGCCACCACGAUUUGACGUCCCUGCCCGUCCGUCUACCGCUGGCAGUAUAUCAUCACCUCAUGGCCAGAUGCGACGAGACGCACAACGAUCAACCCCUACCCCUCCUCUUCUCGUCAACAACGUCUCAAUGCGGACCUCGCCCCCUUCGAGCGCAUCCAGACUCGGUUACGACCCAUCAAACAGUGCUUACGAUGGUGGCUACAGGCCGCCUUCGGCCAACGACAGGCGUAUGUUGCAACCCUCAUACGAAGACCUGGGCAGUGCUUCUGCAUCAUAUGAUCAAAAUACGAUGUCAACGAGCAGACGUCGCGAGAGUUCCAUUUUCAUGGGUGGCAUGAUGGGCCCCCAGCACCAGGGAUCAAAGAGCCGUUUGAGAGAGGAAACACGUUUCUAA